UUUCGUGCUUUGAAAUAUUUCAACAUGAAUCUUGAUAAAAAUUACAGUGGUAACUUCAAAAUAUGAGGAGAAAAUUAUCCAACCGCACUACUUUUUUGCUUUAAAAAGAAUUACUGUAGUUUUCUCCUUUCCUAUUUUUCAGUUUCCAGAAAGAAAAUGCUUCUUUCGACCCCUACUCUCUAGAGUGCAGUACCUUACAUGACUGCUCGUAGCCUUAGCUCCAUAAAGUCUUCUCCUUUAUCUCUAUAUGAGCAGGCGAAGCCAAACCCACAAAUGGGUUUGCUUUUUUCAAUUACUACGAACGCAUUUUCUUGUUUGCUCCUUCUGAGUUGUGUAGCUUUUGUUCAUGGUGUCAUACCCACAACACUUGAAGGACCCUUCAAGCCGGUGACAGCUCCUUUUGACAAUAGCCUUCAUAGAAAGGGCAUUGACUUGCCCCACACCGACCCUCGAUUCCGAAGACCCGAUUUGCCUUUCCGGCCUGAGCAGAUUUCAGUAUCGCUCUUCUCCGACUAUGACUCUGUUUGGAUUUCUUGGAUAACAGGGGAAUUUGAGAUUGGUGAUUACAUACUACCAUUAGAUCCUGAAUCUGUACAAAGUAUUGUCCAAUAUGGAUUUUUUAGAACAGGAAUAACUUAUGAAGAAAUAGGUUAUUCUCUUGUUUACAAACAACAAUACCCUUAUGAAGGCCUUAAAAAAUAUGCAUCAGGAAUCAUACAUCACGUUCAACUUACAGAUGAAGAUGCUUCCAUCCAAAUCCUGCUGAGACAUUUAUCAGAUUAUGGCACCUCCAAUUACCUGAAGCUUUAGAGAGGAGGAGAGAGAGGGUUUUUCAAGUAAUGAAUUUUGUUUUUGAAAUGAAAAGUAUAACUAUAUAUACAGGCACCAAGGGGAUGCAGCCCAAAGCAAAUUUACAUUUUUGAGUAAUGAAAAAAAAUGUGCAAAACAUAAAACAUUUUACUUUAUUUUAGUAAUGGUAGCAUCACAGAGGAAGUAAUAUCUUAUUCUAUUUGAAUAGCUGGUAGAAAGGGGGACAAAGAAAAGCUUUGUGCUCGUAUAAAUUCGUCAACUGUUUACCAUUUCAUGGUUUUGUAUCUGA